UUUACGCUUUAAUUCCAGAUUUUUCCACAGGUGAACCGAAAAUAAUUGGUGCACGUUGUUCACAUCACUCAAAAUGAAUGUAUCUGAAUUCCAGCUUCCUCUAACCGAGUAUGAUUUCGAGCGACACUUUGAUGAGAGGGUUGCCAUUGAAUGGAUGCAAGACAACUGGAAAAAGUCAUUUUUGUUUGGUGGUGUGUAUGUUGUGCUUGUGUUUGGUGGGCAGCACUUUAUGAGAGAAAGACAAAGACUUGAUCUGAGGAAACUAUUGCUGCUGUGGUCUCUCAGUUUGGCCGUCUUUAGUAUCAUUGGAGCUGUGAGGACUGGGUGCUACAUGUUAUACAUUCUCAGCACCAGUGGUUUUAAACAGUCUGUUUGUGAUCAGAGCUUCUAUAGUGGACCAGUUAGCAAGUUCUGGGCUUGUGCCUUUGUGAUGAGCAAGGCCCCAGAGCUAGGGGACACCAUAUUCAUCGUCCUGCGCAAACAGCGACUCAUCUUCCUGCACUGGUAUCAUCACAUCACUGUGCUGGUCUAUUCCUGGUAUUCCUACAAAGACCAGGUUGCUGGUGGUGGCUGGUUCAUGACCAUGAAUUACAUGGUGCACGCACUCAUGUACAGCUACUACGCUGCUAGAGCUGCACGACUCCAUGUGCCGACUCCAUGUGCCAUCAUCAUCACUUCCUCCCAAAUAGCCCAGAUGGCCAUGGGGCUGGCAGUAAGUGCGCUGGUGUACCGGUGGAUGCAGGAUGGGGAUUGCCCUUCUUAUGUAGAUAACAUCAUGUGGGCUUCACUUAUGUAUCUCAGCUAUCUGCUCCUUUUUUCAUCUUUCUUUUAUCAGUCUUACGUGAAAGGUUCAAAGCCCACGGGCAUCAAAACUGACUGAGAUAUAGACUGGAUGAUUUGAAUAUUAUAUUAAUUGUUUAACAUGUAUGCUAUUAGAGUCUGGUUAUAUUAAGCUGUUUCAGGGACUUUUUUAUUAUUGUAUUGGUUGACCAAUGAACAUCAAGUGUAACUCUUCAUUUUGUGGUUCUGAACAGCAAAUUAUUUUUUAAUCCUCUGACUGCUCUUACAGGCCAAGAUGCCUAAUCUUCAAAACUCCAUGUUUGUUUACUCUUGUAGCAGACUUGCAUCAUGCCCUGGGCCUGAACUAAUCUGACUCAUGUGGUGUUUUUUUGGAUUAUGUGCCAACAUCCCUAAUGUUUGUUUGUAUCUGUGUACUUGAGCACCUUUCAUUGGGCCACACAAUGUAAAAAGAAAAAUGGUAUCCAUUCAGUAGAUGUUCUUCUGUCCCUGU